AUGACCCAGCGAUCAACAAUCACCAUCAAGUCUGGGGGUAUGCGGAACUUCAGUGCUUCCUCAGCCAGCCUUCUCCCAGGAUGCUGACCCAAUUUCAGCUCUUUCUCGGUGUCUCAGAAUAGAAAGAGCAUAGGAGGUGGUUUUAGGGGAGGCUUUGGGACCAGGAGCCUCCAUGGCUUUGUAGGCAGCAAAAGAAUCUCCAUCAGUGGGGGUUAUCACUCCAGCCAAGGUAGCUAGGGGCUGGGUACCAAUAGCAUAGGGUACAGAGCAGGAGGAGCCUUUGGCGGAUAUGGAUUUGGAGGUGGAAUGGUGCAUGGAGCUGGGGGCAUCCAAGAGGUCACUGUCAACCAGAGUCUCCUGACACCCCUGCACCUGGAAAUCGACCCUUCUCUCCAGCAUGUGUGCAAGGAAGAGAAGGAGCAGAUCAAAACCCUCAACAACAAGUUUGCUUCAUUUAUUGACAAGGUGCGCUUCCUGGAGCAGCAGAACAAAGUCCUGGAAACUAAGUGGAGCCUUCUGCAAGACCAUAAAACCACCAGGGCCAGUCUUGAGCCCAUGUUUGAAGCCUAUAUCAGCAACCUAAGAAGACAGCUAGACUGCCUGGGAGGACAGCGGGGAAAGCUGGAGAUGGAGCUGAAGAACAUGCAGGACAUGGUGGAAGACUUCAAGAACAAGUAUGAGGAGGAAAUCAGCAAGCGCAUAGCAGCUGAGAAUGAGUUUGUGGUGCUUAAGAAGGAUGUGGACACUGCCUACAUGAACAAGGUGGAGCUGGAGGCCAAGGUGGAAGCCUUGAUGGAUGAGAUCAGCUUCCUGAGAACUUUCUAAGAGGCGGAGCUGGCUCAGCUUCAGGCUCAGAUCUCCGAGACAUCUGUGGUCCUGUCCAUGGACAACAAUCGCAAACUAGACCUGGACAGCAUCAUCACUGAGGUCAAGGCCCAGUAUGAGGACAUUGCCAACCGAAGCCGGGCUGAGGCCGAGUCCUGGUACCAAACCAAGUAUGAGGAGCUGCAGCGGUCCGCUGGCCAGCAUGGAGAUGACCUCCGCACCACUAGGAUGGAGAUCUCUGAGUUGAACCGGGCCAUGCAGAGGCUGCGUUCAGAGAUUGACAACCUGAAGAAGCAGUGUGCCACACUCCAAGCUGCGAUAGCAGAUGCCGAGCAGCAUGGGGAGCUGUGCCUCAAAGAUGCCAAGAACAAGCUGGCAGAGCGAGAGGAGGCCCUGCAGAAGGCCAAGCAGGACAUGGCGCGGCAGCUGUGCGAGUACCAGGAGCUCAUGAACGUCAAACUGGCCCUGAACAUUGAGAUUGCCACCUACCGCAAGCUGCUGGAGGGUGAAGAACACAGGCUCACUGGUGAAGGCAUUGGAUCUGUUAAUAUCUCUGUGGUCUCUUCCUCCGGUGGCACAGGCUACAGUGCAGGCAGCAGCCUCUGUGCGGGUGGGGGUGGCUAUGGUGGUCUAGGUGGUGGCCUCUGCUACUGCAGUGCUGGGAGCAGUGGCUUCAGUUCCACCAGUGGCCACAGCCUCAGUGGCACCAGCUCCAGUAUGGGUAUCAUCUCCAAGACAUCAACCACCAAGAAGAGCUACAGGAACUAAAGCACCACCCACCUCACCCACCCCAGGCCUGCAGCUUUCCAGCACUAAGGCCUGAUGCUUUGCCCACACCCCUAUGCACAUUAUCUAAAGCAGGAGGCACAGGAGCAGCAAGUGGCUGGGGAAUGUUUAGAUCUCUCUCCAUCCCUCUGUCUCUAGCUAGUUCCCCACAAACAGCGCUCACUCACUCGCAAUGUUAGGCUCUCCAGGGCUUAUUCCAGCCCACAACAACUCAGACACUCUGGGUAAAGACUUGGAUUAGCACUUUGAUAUUAGGAGUAGGGGAUGCACUGGGGUCUCCCUCUUCUGUCUGACCCAGACUCACUGCAGCCACAAGACAAUUCCUCUUGCUCAGUUCUUCAUGGAGACCUUACAUUGACUCUGGUGGCCCAAAGACAUCAAAUGAAGCCUAGGCCAGAGCGUCCAUGUGUUGUUUCUUCCCACAAGCAGGAUACUUCCUGCAAACCCUGCCAUACACACUGCUUAGCCUCCUCUUUUGUGUCCCUGCCAAGGCCCUCAGUUGAUUUCCCUGACUAUUCUCACCAGCUGAAUAUUAGAGUGAAAAACUAACACCCUUUAAAAUACUACCAGCUCUUGAUUAUUCAUGUUACAAUGGGUUGAUUUUAUCAAGAACCCACAAUUUCUCUUUGACUUGCAGCUGCAUUAAAUCAUAGUUCACAGCCAAAUUCCUUCUAAAUCUGUCUCAUUCAAGCCAAUAUUAUUAGGAUUGCUUUCCCUAAACAGAAAUACUCUGUAGGGAGGGAAUGGAUGGCAGAUUGAUGGUAGAAGAGAAAGCAGUUCAACUCAAAAUGUCUGCAGAGUGUACACCAGAAAAAGGAGACUAAUCCUGUCUUAGUCACUUUAUGCUGGUCACUGAGACAAAAUACCUGAUGCCCAAGUUGGGAAAGGAAAGGUUUAUUUCUUACAGGUUUUGGAGGUUUCAGUCCACACUCAGUUGACUCCA